AUGCUGGUGUCGUUGGUGUCGUUGCUGAUCAAUUGGAGGACGAAAAAAGGGCCGGCUUCACCGGAGGACUAUUACAAAUGCGUCUAUGGAUUCCAUGUUCAUGUAGGUUUAAAAUACGAUUUCUAAAAUUGAGCCGGUUUGAAGAAAAAAAUAAAAAAAGAGAAAACUUGUGUUACAGGCCUAGAAAUUGUUAAUCUUGAAUUUUGAUGACAUUUGGCACAAAUUUAGCCACAUGACACUGGUCAAAGACUUUAGAGAGGCCUUGUUGUGGAUCAGGUUGUUAUACAGAGCAGCUGCAAAAUUUUUCCAACAAGAAUAUCAGUCUGUCGGGAAAAUAACGGCGGUUUAUCGCAGCGAAAUGUAUUGCCGAAAAAAGGGUGUGCGCCAAACUUCCAGGCCCGACUAGCCGUCGCACAGGCCUUGAACAGCAUUUUCAAGAUAAUGGGCGGUUCAAAGGCGCCACGGCCUGACGUUUUUUUCCCGGCAGACUGAUACGUAGUCACAAAAUAUCAGCGGUUGCUGUAAAGGACGAUUUUUUAGAACCUUCCCCUCUGAAAUAGAAAGAAAAAACAAUUUUCAGAAAGCGACGUUUGUCCUGUCGCUUCUCUACCUCACCGCUUCAGCGCUCCUGACCGGAACGUUAAUGCAUAUGGCGCAGAAUGACUUUGUGGUAAUCAGCAAAGGAGUGGAGAUUAUGUCGUAUAUUCUGCUCAUCUGUGGAAAUCAUUUCGACAUCCCUUGGCUGUACAUGCCGUAUAUGAUCGUAUUUGUAAGUUGUUUAGUUGUUUCGCGUUAUUUUUCCAGUCCUUCAACUCGGUAAUCCAGCUGAUCUACGCCGCAUACCUCUAUCUCACGGCCUUUCAAAUCAUUGGCCCGGGGAAUGGCCUAAUGGAGCACUGGGACCAAUUCCGCGCUGUGCCCGAGCAGGCUCUGCAGGCGUCGAUCAGUUUGUUUUCGCAGACCUUGAGUGGAAUCUACGUGCUGUGGAUCGUCUUCAGAAGCUGGCAAUACCUACGACUCAAGUUGAGAAAGGUGCAAGAGUUCAAGGAGGAGCUCAAAGCCGACAAGUUGGCAAUCAAAAACGAGUAG